AUGAAGACAUUUGUGAUCGUUUCUGCCGUUCUCUUCGUGUCUGUCGACGCUAUAUUCUUCGGUAGCAGCGGUGGUGGCGGUGGCGGUGGAUGUGGAUGUGCUCCACCUCCACAACCAUGCUGCCCUCCGCCACCUCCACCACCCCAACCGUGCUGUCCUCCUCCCGCUCCACCACCACCUCCUCCAUGUGGUGGUGGUUGCGGCGGAGGUGCUCCACCUCCUCCAGCCUAUGCUGCUCCUCCUCCACCACCCUCAUAUGCGGCUCCACCUGGUAUGUUUGGAACAAAUUUUAAUGGAUUUGGUUGA